AUCAUCACCAUCGUCACCAUCAUCAUGUUUUAUUAACAUUAAAACACUAAUAUCGUUUUGAAUGAUUGUGAGGUUCCCAUAGUAACAACCCAUCACCAUUACCUCAUUCCGUCAUAUAUCUUUUGAUUUGAAGGAAGGCACAAACCAUUGAACACGCUGGCUUUAGGACCCUGUCGUUACCAGACGGUUCUUUCUUUGUAGUUUUUCUUCUUUCUCACGCGCAAAAUAUGUAUUGUGGACUCAGCUUAGCAGAGGUGUAGCCUACCACUUAGUGCUGUGAGAGAGAUUUAGGGUUAGGCAGAGAAGGUGGAUUCCGCUGUUUAUUUUUUAAGACUUGGAGAUGUGGAUCUCCAAUUAGGGAUGUGUGAGAUCUGCACUGGAAGUAUAAUACGGCUCGCCCUCGUCUCAAUUGCGCGCUCCCUUGAAAUCUUCACCGAAACCUCACUGAAACCAUCAGUGCCGCGAGCUGUUGGGCUCAACUUUCAUACCUUCAGUGUUUCGAUUCAGGGGGGAAAUUAAAAGGAUAAACAGCUUAUCCAACAGGUGUUCAAACCAGCAAUGAGGGAGAGGGUGAUCAUACUCUGCCAUCUGUUCUUCUGUCUCUACUUAAUAGUGCAUUUGCACACAAGGUCGGUUUCUGGCGACGCAAGUACAGAUGCCUUCAAGAACAACAUCACACUCUUCACACGGAUCCUGGACAGACUUCUGGAUGGCUACGAUAACCGACUGAGACCUGGCCUUGGAGAUCGGGUCACAGAGGUGACAACAAACAUCUAUGUCACCAGCUUUGGCCCGGUGUCAGACACAGACAUGGAGUACACGAUAGAUGUCUUCUUCCGACAAAGCUGGAGGGAUGAGAGGCUCAAGUUCGACGGGCCCAUGAACAUCCUGCGCCUUAACAACCUCAUGGCCAGCAAGAUUUGGACACCAGACACCUUCUUCCACAAUGGCAAGAAAUCGGUGGCCCACAACAUGACGAUGCCCAACAAACUGCUGAGAAUCCAGGAUGACGGCACCCUACUCUACACGAUGAGGUUGACAGUGCAUGCAGAGUGUCCAAUGCACCUCGAGGACUUUCCUAUGGACUUCCAUUCCUGCCCGCUCAAAUUUGGCAGCUAUGCCUACACCAUGUCAGAGGUCAACUAUGAGUGGACUCCCAACGCCACAGUGGUGGUGGAAGAGGAGAGUUCCCGGCUCAACCAGUAUGAUCUGCUCGGACAGACCGUGGGACAGGAGACCAUCAAGUCCAGCACAGGCGAGUACACGGUCAUGACGGCCCAUUUUCAUCUGAAGAGGAAGAUCGGCUACUUCGUGAUCCAGACGUACCUGCCCUGCAUCAUGACUGUCAUCCUCUCGCAGGUGUCCUUCUGGCUCAACCGGGAGUCGGUUCCUGCCAGGACUGUGUUCGGCGUGACGACUGUCCUGACCAUGACCACCCUGAGCAUCAGCGCUCGUAACUCCCUGCCCAAGGUGGCGUACGCCACCGCCAUGGACUGGUUCAUCGCCGUGUGCUACGCGUUCGUCUUCUCCGCCCUCAUCGAGUUCGCCACCGUCAACUACUUCACCAAGCGUGGCUGGGCUUGGGAUGGGAAAAGCAUCGUCACUGAAAAGAAAAAGGAAAAGGCCUCGGUGAUGAAGAAGAACAACGCGUACGCUGUUGCCGUGGCCAACUACGCCCCCAACAUCACCAAGGACUCCACGCUGCCCACCAUCGCCAAGGGCGGCGACCCUAACAAACCCAAGCAGGCGGAGAAGAAGUCCUUCAACAGCGUGAGCAAGAUCGACCGCAUGUCCAGGAUCGUCUUCCCUAUGCUCUUCGGCAGCUUCAACCUGGUGUACUGGGCCACCUAUCUAAACAGGGAACCCGUCAUAAAGGACAUGGUGCCCUCAACCUAGGGGGCGGCGCUAGAGACACACCAAAUAGCCCUAGAGACUGCUGAUACUCCUGUGCACUGGCUGGGUCAGAAACAAGGCAGACUAGUUGUGGGUAGUUUCCAGGUCUUUUCUUUCCUCCCUUUUUCUACAUAUUCUUUUUUCUGCAGUGCUUUUGGACUGACAUUUGCCUUUGUAAAUAAUGUGUUAUUUAUAAUAAUCUUUACGUUUUGGGUGGGUGGGGUGGGGGGAGGGGGGGGGGGGGCAGUCACUAGUACUUGUGUCAGUGUGUUUAUCAUUUACAGUUUGUGAUAUUUUGGCGGUAUUAAAAGAACGUUAUUUCAGAACUAGUUCUUUUUUUGGGAGCGAUGAGACAAAAUAUGAUAUCGCUGUACUGUAUCUAUUCAGUUAUUCCUGUUUUCUCUGAAACGUUGCCUUUCCAUUGGCUCUGUGAUGGUGCUUAUUUUGUGAUGACAUUACACAAAUAUGUAUGAUCAUAAUUAUAGUCAUCUCCAGUAAUCUCUUCUACGCUAGCCACCUUUAACCACCCUUGUUUAGACAUAUAGAGGCAUCACUGCAUAGCUCUCCUUUAACCACCCUUGUUUAGACAUAUAUGCGCAUCACUGCAAAGCUCUCCAUUUGGAACUCUCAAACAGAAUGGAUUUAUUUUAAAAGUGAAAACACCUUCACAACACCUCAACACCUUCACAGAGGAUGAUGAUUUAUUUAUUUAUUUAUUUAUUUAUUUUAUUAUGAUUUUUUAGGUUAAGGUUUCGACACAAGUGCAGGUUUAGCCUUAAGUGCUUUUUGCUUUAGUCUCCAAACCUUCUCUGUUUUAUUCUCCUGACUCCUUACUGAUCCUCUAGGAAAGUAAACGACUAAAGCUAAGUUGAUCACGGCAGCUGUGCUUUUUGAGACCUGAUCAUUUGAUACCAUGGUAUUGCAUCUCAAGAUGUCUGGCUUGCAUGCACUGAAUCUCUCUUCUACAAAUGUGGCUAACUUUGGACUGGCAUUGAGGCGAAUAUUAGACGGCUGUGGGUGCUUACCUCUCGUUCUUAUCACUGGUGAAGUGAUUGGCAGUGCAUUUUCUAACAGUGUUGUACGGACCAAAACACCUGCAAGUGCUACAAGUCCAACUGCAUGUUUGAUAGCAAAAAUAGCAUUUAUAUUUUGUGUUAAUUACCUUUUGACAACAAAGAGACAGAGACAGAUUUUUUUCUAUAUUCCGCAUAGGUUGUCUUUAAAAGCACUUGUCUGUCCUUGUUUUCACAGAUAUAUUACAGCAUAGCAAACAAUUACCACUAACUGUAAAUAUCCAUGUUCUCACUAAAUUGUCAGUAGCAACUCUCUCUUUCUCUCUCUCUUUCUUUCUCUCUCUCUUUCUCACUGUCGUAUGAUCUUUUAUUGUCAAUAUGUACAGUUUUAUAGAUGUCCAGUUUUGACGAGAGCAUUGCAGACUAUUGCUUUGCUAAGUGGUUUGUUCAUCAGUCGCAGCCAUGAUUCAUCUAGGACACAGAACACUAUUCACCUUAGCAUGCAGAACACAUGGACUAAUAUCCCAAAAUAUGAUAGCAGAUUACACCAAAUGAUUGGAGCUAAAUUUCAGAAUUACAGUAAUUACAAUCAACGAUUACUUGAUUUUUGUCAGAUAUCAGUGUUCUGAUUUAGUUCAGUAAUUCAAAUAAAACAUUCACCGGUGAGAAAAGUGAUGUUCUAGGUGACCCUUCAGCAGUGACAUCUUCAGUAAUCAUUUCUAAACUAGCUCUCUUUUCUGCAUCGUUGGCUGUGCAGAUACAGUUAAAGCAAUAAAAUGCAGAUGGAAUGUCACCAGAUUUCUUAUUGAGAGCCGCUGUAAGCAUAAGGAAUGUAAUCAAACUUUUAUUUUUUAAAUGUAUUUCUUUUGAGGUUUAUUUAUUUAUUUAUUUAUUCAUUCAUUUAUUUAUCUGUUUUUCUCAUGCAGGGUUUUAAAAACAUUUCUGCUUCAGUUUACAAAUAUGUAUAAAUAUAAUAUAACAACUGGAACACCCCACAUAUUUUGGAUUAUUUUCUACAGCAUGGCUCAUUCUUGUGUCUUUUCUCUACAUGUUGUACAAAACCUGUUUGUUUGUUUGUUUGUUUGUUUGUUUGUUGACAUUUUUUGGGAACAUGUAUGUGGGCAGGUGUCCAAAACUAUUCCACCUGGUGUCUUAUCCCUGCUUGGUCAGGUUCUGUUUUAUAAAUAUUGAUCUUUACUCUUAUCUUCCUCUUUCAAAGGCUUCUUGCUAUAAGGAUGAAUAAAACAAAUGAAUGAUGCA